AUGGCGCGUCAACGACGAGGAUCCAAUGUUUCGAGCAACUCAUCGGUCAAUGACCAGGAACUUGGAAGCAUGUACGAUUAUCUUGCAAAGGUCAUUCUUCUAGGACCAAGCGGCAGCGGCAAGUCCUGCCUCCUUCACCGAAUCGUCAAGAACGAAUGGCGAGUAUUGUCCAGCCAGACAAUCGGCGUUGAAUUUUCCUCCAAAAUCAUCAAAGUUGGUACUGGCGCUCGGCGAAAAAGAAUCAAGCUACAACUAUGGGACACAGCUGGGACCGAAAGAUUCCGCUCGGUAUCGCGAUCUUAUUAUCGUGGUGCAGCUGGUGCGAUUUUGGUCUAUGACCUCGCAUCUCAUGCUUCAUUCAAUGCUCUUCCAACUUUUCUCUACGAUGCUCGAGCUCUGGCUUCUCCAAAUCUUACGCUUCUCCUAGCUGGCAACAAAUUGGAUUUGGCAUCCGAGUCUUUACCCAAUGCUUCCGCGUCGGCCAACAGCGCGUCCAGUAGGCAAUCUACAUUUUCAGAUGAGUCUAUUGGGGCAGGAGCCAGACUUAGCUCUAGUCAUUCCUCCAUAGGCUACGGACUUGGCUCUCAGCUGACUGCCACCGUCGCUACUGAAGGACGCGAAGUCACCGUCGAAGAGGCCUCUCGAUGGGCAUCACGCUCUGCGAUACCUGUCUCUGUCGAAGUAAGCGCAUUCACUGGAGAUGGGGUAGAAGAGAUCUUUGCGCGUCUUGCAGGCAUGAUCUUGACAAAGAUCGAGCUAGGCGAAAUUGAUCCGGAUGAUCCAAUGAGUGGAAUACAGUAUGGGGAUAGUGGAGGAUGGGAGGACGAGGGAAGUGUUAAGAGUGCGGGGACGAUAAUCGAGGAGGGAGGUCUGGGGAGGAGAAGGCGGAAAGGGCAGGGGAGAGCGACAGCAGAUGUUGGACAAAGCAUGCGUGACUGGACCAGUGUCGACUCAACUUUGAACAGCAUGGUUACUCGAAAGAUUUUCCCUCUCGACGACAGACAGAGUUGGACAUUUCGCCAGGCGCACUGUUCAGCUUCUGAAUGGAUGGAAGUUCUUGAUAUGCCAACUAAUGUACACGUGGAUUUACUUCACAAUGGUAUCAUCUCAGAUCCCUUGAUUGGCAAGAGAGAGAAUGAUUGUCAAUGGGUUGGUGAGAAAUCUUGGGUCUACAAAGGCACUUUUCCUACACCAACUGUAGGUCCAGAUGAGAAGGCCGUACUUACUUUCGACGGGUUGGAUACGUAUGCAACGGCAGUCCUCAACGGCAAAGAGAUCCUCAAAACCAAGGACAUGUUCAUUCCCGAAAGGGUCGUCGUCACAGAACUCCUCCGUUCAGAGGAAGAGAACAUCCUGGAGAUCACCUUCGAUAGCACCUACUUGAUCGGUAAGAAGUUUGUAGAGCAACAUCCAGAUCACCAUUGGGGUUGCUGGAACGGCGAUCCCAGUCGGCUCGCCGUCAGAAAGGCUCAGUACCACUAUGGUUGGGACUGGGGACCGUGUUUGCUCACCUGUGGUCCAUGGCGGCCAAUAAAUCUAGAGGUCUAUCAUUCACGCAUUGCAGAUCUGUAUUUCACGACAGAAGUGGGUAAGUCAUUGAAAUCGGCUGAGGUGGUAGCCAAGGCAGAGGUCGAAGGGGGUGGAGAUGGAGAUGGAGAUGAAGUGAUUUUCGAAAUCUCACUUGAGGGAAAGAUGAUGGGUGCAGAAAGGGUCAUGGUAGAGAAAAGCUUCGCAAUGGCUUCUUUCAAGAGUCAGAAUCCAAGGCUGUGGUAUCCUCAUACCUAUGGCGAGCAACCGCUCUAUGUUCUAAGUGCUACGCUAAGCCGGAAGAAAGAGGUUUUAGAUACAGCAAGCAAGCGCUUUGGGCUCAGGAGAGCCGAAGUCAUCCAGCGCAAGCUUGACGAUGCUCCUGGUAGUACCUUUCUUUUCGAGGUCAACAACAUCCCAAUAUUUUGCGGUGGUAGCAACUGGAUUCCUGCAAGCUCGUUCACCCAAUCAAUCGGUCGUAAGAAAUACCGUGACUGGGUGAAAAUGGCGGUCGACGGGCACCAGGUUAUGCUUCGAGCUUGGGGCGGCGGUAUAUUUGAAGAACAAGAUUUCUAUGAAGCUUGCGACGAGAUGGGGGUCCUCCUCUGGCAGGACUUCCCUUUUGCUUGUGGCAACUAUCCGGCACAUGAGGAGUUCUUGGACUUGGUGAAGCGUGAAGCGGUGGAAAACGUAAAACUUCUCCGGCAUCAUCCCUCCAUUGUGAUCUGGUCAGGCAACAACGAGGACUAUCAGUAUCGAGAAGCAGAGAAUCUGGAAUACGAUCCCAAUGACCAGGACCCUGAAAAUUGGUUGAAAACCACAUUCCCGGCAAGAUAUAUAUACGAAAAGAUUCUCGUGGACGUAACCAAGGAGCUUGUGCCAGGGACGUUUUAUCAUUUUGGGUCGCCUUACGGUGGGAACGACACGACAGACCCACAUGUCGGAGAUAUUCAUCAGUGGAAUGUAUGGCACGGUACGCAGGAAAAGUACCAGGACUUCGACAAGUUGAGUGGAAGAUUCGUGUCAGAGUUUGGCAUGGAAGCAUUUCCGAACAUUAUGACCGUUGAAAGCUAUCUCCAGGAUGCCAAUCUUGAUACUGACAGGUAUCCUCAGUCCUCGACAGUAGAUUUUCACAAUAAGGCCGCCGGGCAUGAGCGCAGAUUGGCUCUCUAUCUAGCGGAGAACAUACCGUACACACUCGAACCCUUCGAGCAGUACGUUUAUUGUACGCAGCUUAUGCAGGCUGAGUGCGUCUCCUUCGCAUACAAGCUAUGGAAACGACAAUGGAAAGGUCCAGGCCGAGAGUACUGCUCUGGCGCAUUAAUAUGGCAACUGAAUGACUGCUGGGCUUGCACAUCAUGGUCGAUUGUUGACUAUUACCUACGACCUAAAUUGGCCUAUUUUGCGGUCAAGCGUGAGCUGCGACCCCUUACUAUCGGUCUGAAGCGGACAGUGCACACGACUUUUGCAGACAAAUACACCCGCGCCUACAUGAAGACUGUACAUAGAAUUGAAAUGUGGGCGUGUAACCUCUCGCUCGAUGCCCACGAGGUGUUCGUUCACGUUAAAACCUGCAAUCUAGUGACUGGGGAACAAGAAGAGCAUGGCAACUUAUUCACCAGACUACUGCUUCCUCCAAAUCGCAGCACGGAGAUCUCUGAGUUCGAUAUCCCAGUGUCUGAAGAACACAAGGACAAGGUCCUGGAAUUGACUGAUGGCCAUACCAUGAGGAGUGAAGAUGAGCAGCAGACGGUUGUAGCAGUAUAUCUCUGCAACGAAGAUGGCGACCACAUUGCUAGAGCGGUCAAUUGGCCGGAACCACUUAAAUAUGUGCACCUACCCAAGCCGAAACACGUUAAGCUCAAACUGAUUCCCAAUGUCCGCGACCUGAAUCGCGCACAUGCUCCUGGCACAAGCGAGGACUUCAAGCCGCCACAGACGGCUGGAGCUAUAGAGAUAUCCUCUGAUGUGCCUGUCAAAGGGCUUGUGAUAGAGGUGGUAGAGCCGGACUGGGGAGAAGAUCAUAAUGUGGGUUUUGACGAUCGUGGUUUCGAUUUGAUACCCGGAGAAACUAUCUCCAUUGGAGUCCAGGGUCUGAAAUGUGGCGAUGAGGAAAGAUUGACCACACGGUACCUAGGGAUGUGA